GAAACCGGUACGGAGACAUUAAGAGGAUCGCUGCUGGUUGAUGCCUGAUACCCUUGCAUGCCUGGCGCCUUUCUCCAAGCUUCUCCAUUGGCGGCGGUCUUUUCGCCAAUGUCGCGUUGUGUUUGCGACAUCUUUGAUUCUGCCUUGCCUUGCCUUGCCUUGCCUUGUUUAUUCCUCCCUCUUGCAGGAACCGACAGACCCAUCUGCAACCAAAGCAAAGUACAUCACCCUCACUCAGCUCGAGCACCAUCUACCGUUCACUCACCGUCACCAAUCGCGGCGGUACACCUUCACUACACACCACACGUACACGCUGUCCAUUCUGCCCUGCCUGACCUCAGGUAUCUCGACAGCAACGCGCGCGCGUCACAUCACUUCGCAUUGUAUUGUAUCGCAUCACAUCACAGCACACCACAGCACCAGCAGCAGCUACACGCAACCACCAGCAGCGCAUCACGCCGCCGCACUGCAUAUUCUGAGCUGCGAACCAAGUCGUUUUCCACCAUUCCCUCUCGGAUCACCCGAGUUGUCAAUUAUGGGUAAGUCUCCGUCGGGUCUCUUUUGUCUCUAUCUCCAUCGCCGCUCGCCUUGUCUCGUUCCUCCCCUCCCUCCAGAUGGUCUUUCCCGUCAUGCUCGCGCGUCCAGCUUCCUCCUAUAUCGCUUCUGCUCCUGCACCAGCUUCGGGUCUGCCUUCACAUUGCUUGCCAUUGUCGGCGCUGUUGCCAUCACAAGCAUCCCCCGCAGCACCGUAACUUCAGGCGUCACCUUGGUUGCCUUACCUCCCAUUCCCUUGCCUUCUUGAGUGUACUUGCUUUCCGGUUCCUCGUCACUGUAUGGUUCCUCCCCAUACAAUGUACAUGUUCACCCUGAAACACCAUCCCCCUUCUUUCUUUCUAUGCCAACCCUGCUCUCGCGACGCUGAAGCCGCAGCCAUGCUUGGGUGUCUAGAGCACUCUGCCCUUUCCCCCUAUACCUUUCAGUUUGUCAGGUUGAAGUGAGGCAAUCAUCUUUCGAUGGGACGGCGAGGCUCUGACGAACACUC